CUAAAUGUCUCCCUGCUCUGGUCCUAUAGAUGGCAGAGGGAGAUAAGAAGAAGGUGGCGAGGAAGAAGCAGCACACGAGCAGGAACCCCGUCCUGGCUCGAGGGCUGGGCCGCUACUCCAGAUCGGCCAUGUACAGCCGCAGGGCGCUAUACAAGAGGAAGAACAAGGCCCCCGAGACUAAGGUUGAGAAGAAGCUGAAGGAGAAGGUUUCGGCGACAGUCACAAAGACUGUUGGAGGAGACAAGAAUGGCGGCACGCGUGUGGUAAAGCUGCGCAAGAUGCCCCGUUACUACCCCACAGAAGACGUCCCACGGAAGCUGCUCAGUCACGGGAAGAAGCCUUUCAGUGAGCACAAGAGGAGGCUGCGCUCCUCCAUCACCCCCGGCACCGUGCUCGUCCUGCUCACCGGCAAACACCGCGGCAAGCGUGUGGUGUUCCUGAAGCAGCUGUCCAGUGGUCUUCUGCUCGUCACCGGCCCCCUGGCCCUUAACCGCGUGCCCCUGCGCCGCGCCCACCAGAAGUUCGUCAUCGCCACCGGCACCAAAGUGGACAUCUCCGGCAUGAAGCUCCCCAAGACUCUCACCGACACGUACUUCAAGAAGAAGAGGCUGAGACGCCCCAAGCACCAGGAGGGCCAGAUCUUUGACGUCGAGAAGGAGAAGUACCAGCUGACAGACCAGCGUAAGGAGGACCAGAAGGCCGUGGACUCACAGCUGCUGCCCCUCAUUAAAAAGGUCCCUCAGCUGCAGGGCUACCUGCACUCCUCCUUCAGCCUGUCCAACGGAGUGUACCCCCACAAGUUGGUCUUCUGAGCACGCUCAAUAAAGCCCCGUUUACCAUAA